GGUGAGCUGCAAAUCCUCCAGCGCGACAGCUGAUCCGAGCGGAGUCACCUCGGAUCACCCAGCAGCAGCGCAGCGGCCUCCAUUUUAACUUCGACACCGAGCCAUACCUCACGUGUCCUGGGCUGUCUCUCUCACAUGACCCGAGUGUUUGUUCCCGUGAUCAGCACUUCCAUCUCCGUCUGUGACACCGAAUAUCACUUUUUAUUGUAACCCUGAUGGAUAUGCUUGAACAGAGUCUGGACACCGCAAGCCAAGAAAAGCAAGAAGAAGAAGUUGUCCAGGCAUCUGAAGGAGACGGAACAGGAGAAGAGCAGACGGCUGUGACAAUAGCCAGUGUUCAGCAGGCUGCAGCGUUCGGUGACCAUAAUAUACAAUAUCAAUUCCGCACUGAGGCUGGGCAGGUGACAUAUCGAGUUGUUCAGGUGACUGACCAGCACCUUGAGGGAAGAGACGAUGGGGGUGGAGCAGUGAGUGUUGUCUCAACAGCUGCUUUCACUGGGGCUCCUCAGGCUGUUGCUCAGGCUGUGAUCCAAAACCCUUUUAGUAAUGGAGGAAGCCCAGCAGGAGAGACGGUGGGAGGAGAGACGCGCUUCGCUUACUUCCCCGCAACUGCGGUGAGCGAUGGGACUGUGUCUGUGCAGGCCACCACGGACCCCACACUCACACAGGCAGGGGCCACAGGUCAAUUUUACGUGAUGAUGACUCCACCUGAUGUCAUUCAGACAGGCACGCCACGAACCAUUGCCCCACGCACACAGCCCUACCCUGCAGAUGAAAACGAGCUGCUGCAACAUGAAGGUUUAAACUGGAAAAUGGAUGGACCGCGGACACCAAGAGAUGAAAGGAGAAGAGCGCAGCAUAAUGAAGUUGAGAGGCGGCGAAGAGACAAGAUCAACAACUGGAUUGUAACCCUUUCCAAGAUCAUCCCCGACUGCAGUAUGGACAGCACCAAGACUGGAGCGAGCAAAGGAGGCAUCCUGUCCAAAGCUUGUGACUACAUCCGUGAGCUGAGGCAAAGCAACCAGCGACUGCAGGAGAGUCUGAAGGAAGUGGAGAGGAUACAAGUGGACAAUGAGUUGUGUAGGCAGCAGAUUGAAGAGCUGAAGAAUGAGAAUGCUUUGCUCCGAGCGCAACUCCAGCAGCACGGCAUCGAGAUGGUUGGAGAGACACCACCGCAGUGAAGGAGAGACGAGCAGAACAGGGACGAGCACCACCACUCAGACACAUAACCAACACGGUGGAAGAGGCGGCGAGAUGAUGAGGAAAACAAGGACUUGUGUGAAGAAUCACUUUCUUUUUAGUGAAUGCAUCCUUCCCGGGGUUCCCAGGUCACGAACCCUUUACUGGCCAACUGUGGCUGUACUUGACUUCCAAUCAUAUUGAGAUAACUACCCGUUACAACUCAGUAGAAAUGUGCUCCAAGAAAAGAUGUCCACUCACCACCAUCAGAGUGCUUUACUAGCACUAGCUAUGAAAGAGAACCUCUGCUGAACUCCUCCCUUGUUUUGUAUUUAUGUAGCCUCAGUCAUGGACUAUGAUGUUUGUCAUUUAAUUUUGUUCCCUCUCCGUGCAUUUUUCUCCCCAAUUAUUAAUUUUGACUUAGUUCAUGCUUUUAUUCCGUUUGUGUUUUUGAGUUGUGUAUUAAUAUGUUGUUUUUAGCUGCUUUAAUUUAUUAGUCCGCUUGCUGACAGAAGCCUUGAUGGAGACCAGUUACACUGACGCUCAUGCACCCCAGAGAAGCAGGAUGAUGUUUUUUUUUCCCUCCACUUAAAAUUCAAAGUAUGCAAAACAUUAUGAUUCUGCAGAUGGAUAUAAUGUGACACACAUAGUUUACCUAAACCCAAAGACACACAAGGAGCUGUGCUGGCCUUUGCUUUUGGGCUGAUUUAUGUAAAUAUGUCUUCUCAUGUUUUAAUACAGAUGUUACAGAAUGUUAGAGCAGAUUAUCUCUGGGAGUAAACAAUCAAUAACUCAUUAACUUCA